AAUCGGCAGCGCCUGAGGACUGACCCGAGCCGAGGCUGGGCAGAGCGUGCCGCACACGCCAGCCGAACCGACUGGGAGGAGAGAGUACCUGCUCUGUGCCAGACCCGGCACUCAGGCCCAAGGACAUAAAAGUGACCCUAACCCCAUUGCUGCCCACAGGAGGACAGGCAGAACUGACUAAGCCACUGGGGGCCAGGACGUUAAUGGAAUUUCCACCUGGGGAUUUCGUUGGCGUCAGCUUGAGGGAGCUCACGAUGAACAUAAGUAGGGUUGGAGGCAUCUCAGCGUGGAGCAGCCGGUGGAGACAGAGCCCGUCUCAGCCCACACCAUGCUGUGGCCCCUGCUGCUGUUGCUGGCUGCCGGUGAGGCCCAGACCACCCGGCCCUGCUUCCCUGGAUGCCAGUGUGAGGUGGAGACCUUUGGCCUCUUCGACAGCUUCAGCCUGACGCGGGUGGAUUGCAGCGGCCUGGGCCCUCACAUCGUGCCCGUGCCCAUCCCCCUGGACACAGCCCACCUGGACCUGUCCUCCAACCGGCUGGAGACGGUGAACGAGUCCGUGCUGGCAGGCCCGGGCUACACCACGCUGGCCGGCCUGGAUCUCAGCCACAACCUGCUCACCAGGUUCUCACCCACGGCCUUCUCCCGCCUUCGCUACCUGGAGUCGCUUGACCUCAGCCACAAUGGCCUGGCCACCCUGCCCGCCGAGAGCUUCACCAGCUCGCCCCUGAGCGACGUGAACCUGAGCCACAACCGGCUCCGCGAGGUCUCCGUGUCCGCCUUCGCCACCCACAGCCAGGGCAGGGCGCUGCACGUGGACCUCUCGCACAACCUCCUCCACAGCCUCGUGCCCCACCCCGCGCGGGCCAGCCUGCCGGCACCCACCAUUCAGAGCCUGAACCUGGCCUGGAACCGGCUCCACACCGUGCCCGACCUCCGGGACUUGCCCCUGCGCUACCUGAGCUUGGACGGGAACCCACUGGCGGCCAUCGGCCCAGGGGCCUUCGAGGGGCUGGCGGGCCUUACACAUCUGUCGCUGGGCAGCCUGCAGCGUCUCCCCCAGCUGGCGCCCUAUGGCUUCCGUGAGCUGCAGGGCCUGCAGGUCCUGGAUUUGUCAAGCAACCCCAAGCUCAAGUGGGCAGGACCCGAGGUGUUCUCAGGCCUGGGCUCCCUGCAGGAGCUGGACCUGUCAGGCACAGGCCUGGUGCCCCUGCCCGAGAAGCUGCUCCUCCACCUCCCGGCGCUGCAGAGCAUCAGUGUGGGCCAGGGUGUGCAGUGCCGGCGCCUGGUGCGGGAGGGCACCUACCCCAGGCAGCCUGGCUCCGCCCCCAAGGUGGCCCUGCACUGCAUAGACACCCAGGAAUUAGCUGCCUGGGGCUCUGAUACCUUGUGACGAAUGGUGUGGCCUGGGGCCAUGUAACAGACUUCGCCCUGGGCUCCCUCGGGUCCUGGGUAAUUUAUAUUUUAACGUGCCAAUGCCAGCAGGGAUUCUGCAGGCCUGUGUGGCAGCAUCAUUGAAAGAGAGGCUUUGGACCUGGGACCCACACCCAGGAGCAAGGUUUUGCCCAUUUGUCUAUGUUGCUCCCCAGACCAUAAGCCGAGGGUCUUCGAUGCCAAACCAGACAGCAGUCCCCUGCUGUCCUUCCCUACUUGUCCCCAAAGUGCCUUCCCUGAGGCCUGGACCAACCUGACCCAUGACAGGAGGAGGGUGGGCGGGAGGUAGUGCUGCGGGGCAGAGGUCCAGCCACUCAGGCAUGGGUUUCUUUUAAGACACAGCCCUCUCUUUGCUCUGGGCGUGUGAGGCCUACUUCAUCCUUUUUUCUUCCCCUAGAACUCUGGAUAGAACUUUAUAGAAAGGACUGGAGAAAAAAAUCUAGUCCACCUCCUCAUGUGCCAGAUGGGGAAACUCAGGCCUGGGGAAGGAAAAAUGCUAUUCUGAGGUCCUACAGUGGCAGAAGCGUGAAUGGACCCAAUGUCCAGGCUCCCAGCAGGGCCCCUUUGCACUUUUCUCUCUUCUCUAAAUCAUGCCCUCCCUGUCCCCUUUCUGGGCUCCCCCUUGCUUCCAAGACUCACAUCCUGCCAUUUGUGCCCUUUCCCUGUCGUCCCCAGGAGAAGAGACCAGGGCCUCGGGGGUGGCACUCUGGGCCCAGUAACCGGCUGCGGCACAGGCUAAGUCAGUUCACCUCAGAGCCUCUAGAAGCCUCAGGGAUACCAGUCCCAGCCCUGCCAGUUUCCCACUCUGUGUGGGCUGGCGGGGGGGGGGGGGUCCCCCAGCAUCAAGAAUGGAAAUGUGCCCAUUGACCCCUGAGGUACUGCCUCUAGAUGCAGUCCUGGAGCCCCUCCAGGCCCUGAGCUCCUGAGCUCCCUCAGACCCCACUGGCCCUAUGCCCAACAGCCCAGCUCAUCCUACUGAGAAUGCAGUGAAGGAGAUAGCGGAGACCCCACCCAUGUUUGUUCUCUGCCACCAGGGUGGCAUCUCAGCUUCCCAGCCCUGGGCUCUCUCCUUAGCAUGGGGUUAAUAAAAGUUGUUGCCUUUUUAAUGGACUGUCACUUUCAACCACCCCCCAUCCCCGUCCAGGUCCCUGCUGGCAGGGGAUGGAAACAUACCAUUUGUAAAAGAAGAAAGACAUUGCAUUUGUUCGCUUUUGUAAUAUUGUGUCCUGGGGAUGGGUUAGGGGAGGAGGCGUUGGGUGAAAGCCAGCCAUAUGUGGCCAUGUGGGCGUCAGGGGGCUGGUUCCACAGGGACGCCCACAGGACAAUGAGAGCUCUGUCCUCCCCCACCGGCCCUACCCAACACCUGGUCCUUGGUUUAAUAAACACUAUGAAGAG